AUGAAGAUGGUUGCUCGACCAGUAUUUGUUGUUAUGCUCCUCGUCACCCUGGCAUUCGCCAUGGUGGCGGAAUCAUCGCUCUCCUCCCAUUUUAGUGACGCUGCAGUCACUUCAUUUGCCCGCCACAGCACUGAUGGUGGGCUAGAUGACUUGACUGUAGGUCAUGUCGGGGACAGUUUAUUUGGGGACGAAGAGAUGAUGAUGCCAUCAGAGUCGGCCCGAAGAACCCUAUGGAGCAGCUACGAACGUUACAUUAGUUAUCAAGCGAUGCGUCGGAACGCAAUCCCGUGCAACCGUCGCGGCCAAUCUUACUACCAGUGCACUCGCAUGCAGAGAAUUCGACCUUACAGGCGCGGCUGCCUCCAAAUCACUAGAUGCUCACGCCGCCAUUAA